AUGAUCUCUUCUUCUCUCUCGUCGUCGUCGUCGUUUUCAAGAAGCGCGACGACGAGUUCUUCCUCGAGGUAUUCUACUACGACUGCUCGCAGUCACGGGAGAACGACGAGUUGUUCCACUUCGUGUUCUUCUUCUUCUUCUUCUUCUGUAUUCUCGUCUUUGUCUCAUUACGGAGGACUUUUACCCCCCAAGAGAAGGAGGAAAAAUCAGAUCUCUCUCGCGACCAGCGCGAACGUCGAACCGUCGGACGCACCCGGCGAAGGCAAAAAACGGUUCCCUCUCCUCGCCGAAGAGAGCAGACACUCGCGCUCGGAACCGAGGAAGUACAAACACCCGCAAAACGAAGGGUGCGCGGUGACGUAUUCGUUCGAUACGGAUGCGUUCGGGAACUUUAAAGUGGUGGAGAUUCGCGAGGACGGGGUGGUGAAACCGAUGGACGCGCCUGGCGAAGGGAAGAAACGAGCGCCGGAAGCGAUGCAGGAGAGAGAAAAAGACGACGGGUGGGACGCGAAGAAAGGACACGGGUUGAUGUUCGGGUACGUGGAGGAGAGGAAUCCGGAUAACGCGUGUUAG